CCAUUCUUAUGUGACUAAUAUACGAGCGACGUCUCCGUUACGACUUUGUCCCAUAAGUAAUUGCGUACCACACAAGUAUAAAUAACCAAGUCGAAGCACUUGCAUGGUCUGUGUAUAUUUUUAGAGGGAAUCAACCAGUUGUGAAAAAGACGAAAUUAUGGAAACCGUGAAAACAAAUGAAACGCAGUUGUUGAAAACUCUCGAAGUUUAUCGAAAAAUUAAUAGCUGUGGCAAAUCAAUAAUCGAUAUAUCGUUGAUGAAAUCAAACAAACUUAAAUCAGUUUGUCUACAAGUUUUCUUUGCACUUUUUUACAUGUAUUUGAUUCUAAACCCUAUUCGUCACAUUGUUUCCUUAAUACGACUGAAAACGCUCGAAAAUGAUAAAAUGUUUUUAUAUAUUUACAUAAUAUUUUUCCGUUUAUUCCUUUCUCUCUCUCCAUUCAUAAAACUGUUCAGAAAAUCUAGAGACGAGGAGCUAAUUGAAAAGUUUGCUGGACUUAAAAUUGAUGAUGAAGAUGGAAUCUGGUAUAACAAACCUAUAAUAUAUAAAUCAGUGUAUAUAUUGAUAUGCCUAAUUAUUAUUGGGAGUAUAACUCUGGAUUUCAUUAUACCGCUGUUGAGUUAUGAUUUGUUGAUCUUUUACGAAUAUCCUGUUCCAAAUACUUACUCUUACAUCAUCCCAUUUUUAGCAAUGCAGAUUGUAUUUAAUUCUAUAUCAGCUUUAUCCGUAUUAAGUGAUGUGUAUAUAUAUCUUCUAAUCGCAGUUACUCUUAUGUGUCACUUUAACAAAGUGGCGAAUGAAGCACAGAUUUAUGUAACUGAAAAGCAAUCAGCGAACUCGGAUUUUACGCACCAUGGAGAGAUUACAGAUAUAUGUAACACCCAUGAUGCUCUGAGUUCAAUAGUGAGAUUAGUAAAUGACUCCCUGCAUUAUAUUUCAGGAUUUAUCGUGUUCGGCAGUAUGGUUAGCUGCUGCAUUGCUACUUACGGAAUAAUAACUGAUACCUUCAAAAAUAACAUGUAUAUAAAUAUUUAUGUAGCUGUGGUGAUUUCAGGAUGUCUGUCUGCGUGGAUUGCAGUGCUUUGGUGCGGAAUUCAAUUAAACAGAUCGGACAUAAAACCGGAAGUCGUUGCAAAGAUAUUAGUUUUCCUAAAUCGACUAACGACUGAAUCUCAUGGAAUUGAUGUUGGUGGCUGUUUCGUAAUAACGCCCUCGUCAACACUUACGAUGAUAGGAAGUUUUAUUACUUACAUACUGGUUGUGAUCCAGACAAAAUCUUUAUAACUGCCCUCUUCCUUAUUAUACCUUUCCAAUGGUAAAUUAAAUACGAAGUUCAGUUAAACAACAUUACCUAACUAUACAUGUGUUCGGACAACGUCCCUGCAAACCUUUCCGAAGCAAGAUGCUUGAACAGAUAAAAAAUAGCGUGAUACUGUAGCGGGUUCCAGCCUCUCGUACCAGUGAAACAUUAGGUUGACUAUGUAAUCUUUGUUAUCAUGCGGCUAUUGAUUUUCAACUAGUCUUUCUUACAACUGACCAUCAUCUUUUUAUUAAACCUUAUCAAAAAGAAUAUUUUUCACUUUGAUUUUUCUCCAUAUAUAUUGUAUUUUUCUUACCCCUCAUCUGCACAACAUAUGUUU